AAAGGCCUGUAGGGGUCGAUUGGGCCGGUAACGCGCAUGUGAUACCACUGGCGAACAUUUAGCAACAGGUGGGUAUGUACAGUCAAUAGAUUUAAUUUGUGAUUUCGUACCUUCUCACAGUGACAAUAGUAUGGGGUCUCUAGCGACUUUCAUGUUGUUUGUCACUGUGAGAAGGUACGAAAUGGGUCACAAAUUAAAUGUUUUCACUGUACGCUUGAUAGCCACCGUUUAAAAUAUUAAUGAUACUAUGUGAGGGAAGCAACCCAUCUGUUCUGAGAGGUAUUUUGUGCGCAUGCCUGGAUUCCAUACAUGCGCGGUACGGGCACCACCCAGUCACUAUUUAUAUUAUUUUAUAAUAAAAACACACAAAAUCUUCUAUCUAAACCUAAAUUUGAAAGCUACAAGCGAUAAAAACGUAUUUAAAAUAAUUGCCCUGGUUAAACAUUUGAUAAAGUUAUCACGAUUUUUCUACGUAUGAGUGUGUGUGAGAAAUAACCUUCAAAUUGACAUAUUUGGUGUUUUUUCUGCAUUUGAAAAGUAUUUUUUAUUGUUGUUGAUUGUUGGUUAUAGUGAAUAGUGUGUCUGUAAAUUGAAAUUAUUAAAAUUGACCGGAGUUCGUCUCUGAGGAUGAGCAAGUAAUGUGAUGGCCGUGCUGCGGUACCACCAGUUUAGGAAACCCAUGUCCGGCUUGCGAGGCGACAAGAUUUGGCGCUGGCGUUGCCAAUGGAGCGUCGUCACCAUCUGCGCUAUCGCACUGGUCCUCUACAACGCCGCCGCCAACAUUUGGCUGCUCCAGCCUCCCUCCUGCCCACCACAUGUCACUCAACCCCCCACCGAACCCCCCACCUGCGAGCCUUGUGACGCAGCCAACCCCAGCGUCGAUGACGACCCUAUUUCAAGGAUAGACUUACGAUUAGGAAGAUGGGAUGGUUCAAGGUCGUACAAGAUGUUUGACUACGCUGCAGUGGGAGAUUUAUACGCAGAACUAUCAUCAGAUCGACGUGUCUGCUUAGCCACUCAAAGCUCAAUAGAGCGACUGCAUGAACUCCUCAGGAUCGCAGCGCAUUGGUCCGGACCCAUAUCGGUGGCGGUCUUCGUUGCUGGGGAUGAAUUAAGACUUCUCAGAGCAUUCGCUAUGUGGCUGUUCCGAUGCCAACCAGAAAUAUACAUGCGAAUAGCUCUUCACGUGGUCACUCCAAGCGAAAGACCAGGAGUCCCAGGACAUGUACCAACUUGGGCGAGGGAUUGCGAAGCGAAACCGCUACCGCCUUAUGAGAUUAAGUCAGAUACAAUGACCUGGAGAGUUAGACAUCCGUAUCCUCAGAAUCACUUGAGGAACCUAGCCAGGAAGAAUUGUCAGACGCCUUAUGUUUUUCUGGUAGAUGUAGAUAUAGUGCCGUCUAAAGGAAUGGCGGAAUCUUUAGAUAAGUUCCUAGCUAAGGCCCCAAAGUGCCCGCUCUGUGCGUACGUGGUGCCGACUUACGAGUUGGAUUUGAGGGUGGCCAGUUUUCCGGCGAACAAGUCGGAGCUGUUGAGGCUGUCGAGGAAGAAGCUGGCGAUACCUUUCCAUAGGAAGGUGUUUAUCUACAACCAGUACGCUUCUAAUUUUACAAGAUGGGAGGCGACGGGCGGCAACGAGAGCGUGCACACGCACGUUAGCCAUAACGUGACCAACUUUGAGCUGCUCUACGAGCCCUUCUACGUAGCGCCCGACACCGUGCCGGGCCACGACGAGCGUUUUUUAGGUUAUGGAUUCACUAGGAACACUCAGGUAUACGAGAUGUUCCUAAUUGGCUACCAGUUCCGAGUCCUAUCCCCAAUCUUCACCAUUCACUGGGGCCUACAAGCUCGAAGAACCAGGCCUCUUUGGCGAGAAAAACAAAACGAAAAGAACCGAAAACACUUCGAGACCUUCAAGAGGGAACUCUUCGCGAGGUACAGGAGAGACCCACUGCAUCUAUUAAGGAGGCCUCCGGCCUCGAAGAAGGCAUAGGCUUCGCUAGGCCGGACGAUGAGGCCCGGCCUUAUAAUAAGUGUUCUUGUGGUAUUGGGAUGUGUUUAAUGUGACAGUCAAGUGAGUUAUAAGUGUUGGAUUUAUAGGGAGGCCUCCGGCCUCUAAAAAAAACCAUAGCCCUCGCUAGGUCUUAUGAUUAGUGCUUGUGGUACUGUUUUGAUGUGUUGAACAGUGAAGCGCUAAAUUGAAUAGCUUUGUUUUAAAGUAAGGAUAGGAUAUUUUGUUUUAUGUACUUAAUUAGAAAGUGAUAGGAUAUAUCGCUAAAAAUUGUUGGACGCUAAACUUAAAAAAAAAAGGUACAGCUAUCAGAAAAAGUAGCUAAGCGUGAGAGGUAGUCAAAAUUAUAGUGGCUUCUAUAGUAAAAAAAUUCCGAGGUGAUGAUUGCGCUUAAUCUGUUAAACAAAAGCCUUUGUUUCUUUUCAUAUGCAGACCGGUGAGCUCCUGUAUUCGUCUGAAGUUCGUCAUCAGUGGAGAGCAACAAGCUUGUUUAAAAAGCAGCUGUAUCGUGAUAGUAUUAAGGUUCAAAUUUAUGUAACAGCUCAUUCGGAGAUAACACUUUUUGGUAAUGUAGGACGAUCGACCACCCAAAUUCAGGUAAGAAUACACAUCCGAAUGAGCUGUUACAUCCAUUUGAACAUUAUUACUAACACGAUAGUUGCUUUUUAAGCGACAAUGUUGCUUCGGACACGUGCUGAAGACGGGAUCAAGCUGACCAGGACCACUGCAUGAAUGAAACAAUGCCUUUGGUUUAACAGAUUAGGGUUUUAGACGAAAAAAUCAUAUCACAAUAUACCUACACACGCCCUUGCCAAUACAAUGAACAUUUUUCUUAAUUUCUGCAGCGGACUACUACCUUUUAUCAUUCUUAAAGUGUCAAUUUUUAAGCGUUAUGUCCUUUCAGUGUUGUUUGAGUGUAUACGGAUUGCAAAAAAUGACCAAUACACGAGGUUGUUAUGAUUAAAUACUUGCUAUAGACACACAUUUGUAAAUUCGAUACAAUGUUAGCAUUACCUUUUCACCCGCCAUUGACUUGAUAUAGGUAAAGUCAGUACAUUCCGUACCCCACACGCCACGAAUGGAUAUGUUAUACUAGGGUGGCUCAAAUAACCGUUUUCUUUAUUUUCCAACGGGGCACCUAGGGGCAAGUUAUGUAACUUUAUCUCAACUACAAGGGGGUGUUUAACCGCUUAAAAAAAAUGUUACUUCAUUGACGUGGCGGUGAAAGGGUUAAUAAUUGUUGUGUUAGUCAGUAUGCCUUUCUUAUAUUUUGAUAGAGAUGAAAUAUUUUAAACUUCGCGACACACUUACACCGCCAGAGUAUCGAUUUUUGCUGUAAAUAGUUAUUUGUUUUACAAGGGGGCAAAGUUAAUUGUUGUUUAAUCUCUCGUGCUAAUAUUAAUACCCGAGCAAGCGAAAAUUCCAAAAUUGAACCACGAAAAAUGGAUUCUUGAGCGUUGCAAGGGUGCACAUAAGUUUUAACCACACCGAUGCGAGGAAAAUACUAACUGUAAAACGUCAAACCAAAUCAAAUCCAAAUGAGCGUUAUGAAAUAUUUAUCAUUAACAUAAGUAAACAACUCAAAAUAUGCAUCAGAUCACUUUGCUACUCUUAUGGAUAAAAUGCAAUUUUCUCAUCAUUUUUGAACAAUCAACAGUGCCCUACGAGCCGGUGUGGUCAAAAUACUUUAUUAAAUAUGAGUUUAUUAAUAUUUUGACAUGUAUCAUCUCUAUUUAUGACAUUCAGGAGAAUUAAUAUUAUAUAGCGCCAUCUAUAUACCGUGUAUAUUAUUUUUUCGAUUUGUUUCGAUGUUAUACGCUUUAUUUGUUAGUCACUACAAAAUACUACAAAUAUACAUAACAUAACAUAUUUGUUGUCGUUGUCAAUUGUUGUCAAAUUAUGUUGUUUUAUACAUAUCGUUUAUGGAAUAUUGUUCACACGUCAGAUUAGAAUUGCCAUGUGCAGCAGCUGUAUCAGAUAUGCUACUAAUGGUACCUACGUAACUAUAUUGGUACAGUCAUAGACUUUAAUAGGAAAUAUUACGCGAAGUUUCGCGUAGGGGGCGCCACUAUCACAAUCCAUCACAAUCUGAGGAUCUACCACGACAAGAAAAUCUAAAUUUCGCUAUCUAACCUGUCUAUCACUCUUGCGUAUUUGAGCGAUAAAGAUACACAACUAAAUUCCGCGUUUCCCGGUAGGCUCUUUGUAAACAAACCGCCUUGAUGCAUCAGUGUCAUAUUUUAUUAUUCGUGAAAAGUUGUCAAAAACAUUAACACGCAGAGGCCGCACAGUGCACUGUGCGUUAAUGUUUUUGAUGUAUGCCACUGCAGUGGCAUACAUUGUAUGUAAAAUUCGAACUGCCUGUGCUUUUGGCGCAUGUAUAAAACUUCUUUACAAAAUAUUUCAUUAAUUCUUGGUUUAAGAUACAAUGUCAUAGUUAACGUUCAUAACGAAGCAAAAGCGACCCAUCGAUCCAAUGGAUCAUCCUACUUGGAUAAAUAGAUUCUUAUCCUCAUUUUUAGGGUUCCGUACCCAAAGGGUAAAACGGGACCCUAUUACUAAGACUCCGCUGUCCGUCCGUCCGUCCGUCUGUCACCAGGCUGUGUCUCAUGAACCGUGAUAGCUAGACAGUUGAAAUUUUCACAAAUGAUGUAUUUCUGUUGCCGCUAUGACAAGAAAUAUUAAAAAGUACGGAACCCUCGGUGGGCGAGUCCGACUCGCACUUGUCCGAUUUUUUUAUACCACGUCGGUGGCAAACAAGCAUACGGCCCGCCUGAUGGGAAGCAGUCACCGCGCCUAUGUACGUCUGCAGCUUUAGAGUUACAUGCGGGUUGCCGACCAUUUAAAAACCUGUACACUUCUUUUUUGAAGAACCCCAUACUGUAGAGCUUCACCUGUAUUUGUAUAUGUAUAUUAUGUAUGGUCAGACGUAACGGUAUAGACGUAACAUAAUCCCCCAUAUUUACUUAGUUGAUCUAAAUAUUUUAUUAAAAAUUAUGAGUUUUAUAAGGAAUACAAAUGUAUGAACCUGAAGCGAUUAUGUUUUAUUUAUCUGUCACAAUUUUAAGGCUAAAUUCGUUGAAUGCUUAAAAUUAUUUAAGUUGGUACUAAGUGAUACAAAAAUAGGGUAAGUAGGGUAAAUGUAAGUAUAAGCGCACAGGGUUUAUACUUUAUUUUAAAAUGUAUAAAUAAGAGUCUUUAAAAAUAUUUUGUACUGUGAUUUUGUUGGCAUAAUAUUAUUACAUUAAUUAAUAAUUUAAUAAAAUGGCUGGAUAAAUUCAACGGCUUCUAAAUUAUUUUAUCUUUUUAAAACAUCACUUAAUGCACAUAAUGGUUUAU